UAAUAACUGCCAUUCACACAACAGUGAAAACAGCUUGGUUUUUUGCCUUUAAAACAUUUUUAACAUUUUUUGGCGUCGUCAGAAGCAAUUGAAUAAUUUGUGCAUUCCUUGUGGCAAUACAAUUUUAAACGAUGCCAACAACAACGACUGCAACAACACAAAAGUGGAUAGUAUGUCGCGUGUGCUUGCAGCAACCCAAGGAAUCAAUGGGCAGCAUUUUCAAUGACGACGCAUCCAAAGAUUUGACUAAUAUGAUACUAGAAUGCGGCGGCGUACCCAUAAAAAAAUUCGAUCAUUAUCCGGAUAAGAUAUGCGACAAGUGCUUAAAGAAUUUACAUAUUGCAUUCAAGUUUCGCCGAGUUUGCCAGCGGUCCUACAAACAUCUAAGGCAAUUUAUAGCGCCUGUUGUGGUAGAGCAACAGUCGGCCGAGGAAGAUGGUAAUGGGCUCAGUACUAGCCAUGACCCAUCGGGCAUAGAGCUGGGCGAGGGACAUGUGCUGGCGGGCAGUGAAGAGACCAAUGAUGAGAGCGAAGAGGUCAAGGAGAGGCUGGUACAUGUGAAAAGCGAGCAGGUGGAAGAGGAUGGCAUUAUAGAGGAGCUAUACGAUGUAUAUGAGGCAUAUGACGGUGACUUAGUCACCGAACAGCCGGUCUACGAGGAGGGUAAUGCUGAAGAUGGCGAUGAGGAUAUGGGAGCACACUCAAUAUCGGGUCUGUCGGCCGAUAUAGAAUAUCUUGAACAACUGGAUCAAGAUCAGUUAACAGAAAGCGCUCAUGAGGAUGAGAUAGAAGUGCAACAUUCAUCUGAUGAGGAGUUUCUGCCAGUCAAAUCGCGUACGAUCUCUACACGCUCCGCCAGUGCCGGCAUCAAACGACGUGCAAACACGCGAAAAGCCGCAACAGGGAAAACGGCGUUAAGUAAUAUUAAACGUGAGAAAUGCAGCGUGACCACAACAAACAUCAUAUUAAAUCCGGACGAGAGCAUCACCUUUGGGGAGACAAUUGUGCGCAAGGCUACAGGCAUUAAGACCAAAGGGGGACACAAAAUUCUCGUGGGCGAUAAGAAGGAAUUUAAAUACAUAUGCGAUAUUUGCGGAAAUAUGUAUCCAUCGCAAAGUCGCCUCACCGAGCACAUCAAAGUGCAUUCUGGCGUCAAGCCCCACGAAUGCGAAAUCUGCGGUCAUUGCUUUGCACAGGCCCAGCAGCUAGCACGACACAUGAACACUCACACUGGUAAUCGGCCCUACAAAUGCACCUAUUGUCCAGCAGCCUUUGCGGACCUUUCUACACGUAACAAACAUCAUCGCAUACACACUAAUGAGCGUCCUUAUGAGUGCGAUGUGUGCCACAAGACAUUCACUUACACGAACACGCUGAAAUUCCAUAAGAUGAUUCACACGGGCGAGAAGCCGCAUGUCUGCGAGAUUUGCGGCAAAGGCUUUCCACAGGCUUACAAGCUGCGCAAUCAUAGAAUUACGCACGAUCGCCGAGGUGGCGGAGUCAAUACCAAUGUGGAUGAACUGUUUCCCAUAUAUACGGGGGCCAAAACUGGCCUGGAGCUGUAAAUGCUUAUACACAAACAUAA